AUGGAAGAUGAAUCUGCGCAGCAAGCCAUAAUUGAGGAACCUAUAGAAGAAACUAGCGAAAUAAAGUGUACAGAAGAAAUCAACAAUUUGGAAUUAACUGAGAAUUAUGCAGAAUCUGUUGAUCGUUUCCAGAAAGGCCAAGGAACAGGUGAACUGGUAAAUUCGAAGACUCUUAGCCAAGAAAACAAAAUCUUAAAUGCAAUGGAAAAUAACACAAUUAACGGAGAAAUAUACGUUAAUGUAAAAAAUGAAGAUGGUGUUUAUAGAGAAAAAGUUGACCCAAGAAAUUUUUAUGAAAUGAUAAGUUAUGGGUUGUACAGAUCAAAUGGAAUAGAAAAAGACUACCCAAUUGAUUUAUGUUUAGAUAUUGAGGAAGAUAUUGACAAUAUAUUGCCAUUUCUACAAAAAUCAAUAAUUAACAAAAGAAUUAGAUGA